AUGUCACCGGAGCCGCAAGUACCACCGACAGCUAAAGAUGCUGCUGCUCAAGGACACGAGCAAAUGGAAACAACGAGCGUUGAUAUACAAGACGUUACUGGGAAAAACGAGGGAGAGAUGAUCGAUCACGGAGCCGAUACAACACUCCAUCGAUCUCUCGAGACUCGCCAUCUCACCAUGGUCUCCCUCGGAUCAGCCAUAGGAAUGGGCAUGUGGUUGGGAAGUGGAACAUCCCUAGUCAACGGUGGUCCUGCAAGUCUUUUCAUAGGGUUCCUAAUCAGCAGCUCCAUCGUAUGGUCAGUCAGUCAAUCCAUCGGCGAAAUGGCCAUCAUGUACCCCCUACCAUCUGCUUUUGUGCAGUGGUGUACCAUCUUCAUCAGCCCUGCUGCCGGGUUUGCCCUGGGAUGGGGAUACUGGUUUUCGUAUUGGAUCACGAUUGCCAAUGAACUUCAGGGAAUAGUAACUGUCCUCAACUACUGGACCGACGAAGUCCCCAAGGCCGCAUGGAUAUCCAUCUUCUGGGUUGUCAUCAUCCUUAUCAAUAUUUGGGUGGUCAAGCUAUUCGCUGAAGUGGAGGUAUUUGCAUCCACGGUGAAAUUCGGCUGGAUGUUAAUUGCCAUCAUUGUUCUCAUCAUUAUUACCGCCGACGGCUCCCCCAAAGAAGACCCAAUCGGUUUCCGCUACUGGAACGAGCAAGCAUUCCGAAACGGCUUCAAAGGCUUCCUCAGCAUCCUUCCAACCUGCGUCUUCGCUAUGGCGGGGACAGAAAACGCAGCAAUGGUAGCCAGCGAGGUAGCUAACCCGCGAAGAUCGGUUCCGCAAGCCGCCAGAUCUAUUUGGCUUCGUCUUGGGCUCUUUUACAUUCUCGGGAGUCUCAUGAUUACAUUGACGGUUGAUCCAACGAAUCCGAACUUGUUCGGACAGUCAGGAAGCAAUGCGUCGCCUUUUGUAAUUGCCUUCAAGGACGCAGGCAUUCCCGUAAUGGCACACAUGACCAACGCUGUUAUCUUCAUUUCGAUGAUUUCUACAGGGAGUAUUUCCGGCUAUGGAGGCUCCCGGAUGCUUAUGGGAUUGGCGCAUGUGGGUAUGAAUCAUAAGAUUUUCGGCAUAGCAGAUCACAUUGGCCGCCCAUGGGCCGGCUAUAUCGCGACCAUCGGGAUAGGAGGCGCUCUCGCCUACAUCAACGUAUCCAACACCGGAGCUGAAGUCUUCCAAUGGCUAUCCAACCUAGUCUCACUCCUCACACUCUUCGGUUGGGGUAUGAUAUCUCUUUCUCAUCUACGAUUCCGAUAUAGCUGGAAGGUGCAAGGUCGAGGUGAGGCCUGCCUUCCCUGGAGGACAAGGUCAUAUCCCUAUGCCACAUGGUGGGCACUGGUCUGGUGUAUUGGAUUGAUUAGCCUGGAACUUUAUUUAAGCAUUUGGCCUCUGGGUCAAGCGACGAACGCUAAAAACUUUUUUGCGAACUAUAUCAGCGUCAUUGCUAUCGUUGUCAUCUGGAUCGGCGCGCAGAUUUGGUAUCGCGGCCCGCUUUGGGUGGAUGCAAAGGAGAUUGACCUUGAUAGAUGGCGACGCUUUUACGCGGAUGGGAUUGAUGAGGAGUCGACUGCGGCGAGGAGGUCUCUGAUGAGAACGAUUAAGGUGCUUUUUGAGUGAUUCGUCAGUUUUCG